GUUCGUUCCAGUCCAGCCAAAGGAGCAGCACAGCAUCCCGCAACCAGUGACAAAACGCGUUAAAUAAACUACAUCUAGUUUGAUUGCCUAUAAAUUCUCUUCGGAAGUCCUCAUAUAUCAACAACUAUUAUCAGCAUGUCCUUCGCACAGUUCUUCGUCGCCUGCUGCCUGGCCAUUGUCCUGGCGGCCGUGGCCAACACCCAAGCAGCCACCCAGGGCCCGCCCCUGUGCCAGGCUGGCAUUGUGCAGGAGAUGCCCCAGCACAUCCAGAAGGUGUGCAUGGCUCUGGAGAACUCGGACCAGCUGACGUCGGCCCUCAAGUCCUACAUAAACAACGAGGCCUCGGCUCUGGUGGCGAACUCAGACGAUCUGCUGAAGAACUACAAUAAACGUACGGAUGUCGAUCACGUGUUCCUGCGUUUUGGCAAGCGUCGUUAGGAGAAUAAAGAAGCCGGCAUAUCUACGCAGCCCCAGUUCGAACCUCGACCUCCACAGAACGGACCCACGACCCCCGACACAGGACCUUGACCAACGAGCGAGCGGCACAAAAAACGUUUCUGUUCACAGAGCACAAUUUAUUUUUCGGCGUCUCCAGCAUAGUUAUGUAAAUGUAAUCAACGCCAGCACAACACCAUACAAACUUAUUCAAUUGGAAGCUCUCUAGUUCACUAAAUAGCGAAUCGAUGUAUCCAAUGUCUCUAGAAACUUGCACAUAAAACACACACAUACGUAUUUGUACAUAAUCAAAGACCCCCGAAAACGUUCUAUUUAUGUUUUUUUAAAGUUUUCUUCUUCUUGGAUUUUUAUUGUUCGAUAUUUACAUUAAUACAAAUGAAAGGCAUAAUACGUACUUGUUACAGUUAAAAAUAUCUCACAAGAAAUAUUUCCCUAGCAUGAAGCACUAUUAUUAAAUAUCAACAACAAUGCUAUACCUCGA